UACUAAAGAUGGCGCCUUGCGGUAUUCUACCAUUUUAAUCCUGCUGGGCCGGCAGCGUGUGUGAAAACUAUUAGCACUGAAAGUCAGUCUUGUUUUAUCAUCUUCAACGAAUAUGCCUACUUAAAGCAAGCAACUGCGAUUGUCCGCUUAUUAGUGCGAGUCUCCGUCUUUUGGUGUGCACAAACAAAGUAAUAUAAACGAUCCUUCGUGAUCCACCUUGUGUCUUCUUCCUCCAUCAACUUGUUCUCAAACCAUCACUUCCUCGGCCCACUUUAUGGAAAUCUGAUUUCUUCCUCAUCGCUACUAUCCGAAUUUGUGACAGAGAUUCUAAGUUAUCUGAAAUAUCGAUGGGAGUACCUAGUUAGAAAAUGCUUGGUACAGCGGCACUCGUGGCCUGAAGGAGAUUUCAUUGAAAAUACGCGCGGCAGUCAACGUGUUAAACUUAUUGCUCCACCGCCUAUGUAUUCGAAUAGUCAAUAGGCGACGGAGGCAAGAGGAAGUGUAAUUUCUUUAACUCUUCUGCGGCCAGCGGAUAGAAAAAAGAUACUUCAAGAUGAAUAAAGUGGAUUAUAUGGAGGUCACUGUACCUAACUAUUCAUAUGUCUUCAAUUUCGAAGAGACAUUCAUUCAUAUGGAUACUAAGAUAUGGAUGACGAAGAAUUGGACAAACUGUUUUUACUAUUGUGGCAUUUACAUGAUCCUAAUUUUUGGAGGACAGCACUACAUGUCGAAUAGACCAAAGUUUGAACUGAGAGGCAUACUCGCACUAUGGAACACACUGCUUGCAACGUUCUCUAUUAUUGGGUUUACUAGAACAGCACCAGAGUUGAUCCACGUGUUAAGGCAUUAUGGGUUUUACCAUAGUGUUUGCAUACCUAGCUUCAUUGAACAAGACUGUGUGUCUGGUUUCUGGACGUGGAUGUUUGUCUUGUCGAAGCUUCCAGAACUUGGCGACACAAUCUUCAUCGUGCUACGGAAACAGCCACUAAUCUUUUUACAUUGGUAUCAUCAUAUAACGGUUCUUCUGUACUCGUGGUUCUCAUACUCGGAAUACACAGCAUCAGCCAGGUGGUUUGUCGUAAUGAAUUACUUUGUUCACUCCAUAAUGUAUACAUAUUACGCUUUGAAAGCAAUGCGAUAUAGACCACCAAAGGGGAUCGCCAUGCUGAUCACUACGCUACAAUUAGCACAAAUGGUUAUUGGUUGCCUUAUAAAUAUUUCGGCUCACCAGUACCUGGAAAGUGGCCAAAUCGAUUGCCACAUCACGCGUGUCAACGUCAAACUUAGUCUGCUCAUGUACUUCAGCUAUUUCGUACUCUUCGCUAAAUUUUUCCAGAAGAGUUAUCUGUCUAAAUCUAAUAACAAAGUAGGAAAGAAGGUUUACACUAAUGGAACAGUGGAGUAUGAUAAGCUCAAGGUUAAUUAAAGCACAUUACAAUUUUUGAAAACUUUUUCUAUAGACCCUUUCCAGGAACAUUCCUUGAAAACGCUUUUCAAUAAGAUUUCUUUUAAAGGCGUUAUGGAAAUGCAUUUCAAGAAAUGGCCCUUGAAAAUUUUUUUUAGGAGUCUUUGUUAAUUCAAAGUCGUAAAAACUGGAUGCGGUAGGGUGAAAGUGGUGAAAGUGGAAAUUACUUGAAGAUAUAGCACAUUGAAUUUUACAAUAAUAUUAAAUGUUGCACACUGAAUUUAGUAAUAAAUUUCAUGAUAACUUGUUUAACGCGUCUCACGCGUUAAACACGUUAUUAUAGAAUUAAUGAAAGAAGAAGGAGCUUCUCCUUAGAGACGUCUUGAAACUUUCGUUUAUCUAGGAACGAUUUCAAAAUAAAUUUCUUGAUGAACUUUUUUCUUUACGCUUCUUUAUGAAGUUAGCAAAAAAUUUGGUAGAACGAGGAUGGAGACAUAAUAUUUAAAAACAUAGUAGGAAUGUAUCAUUUAAUAUUGAACUAUUUAAUAAUGAAGAAAGAAUAUUAGAUUUGAAUGAAAUUCGUCAGUAAAUAAUUGAUAUAUUCUUAUUACAUUUAAUAUGUUUGACAUAUUUAUUGUUAUGGAAAUGUAUAAAUAUGUUGAGAUAUCAUAAAGGAUAUAUAAUGAUUUGCAUAUGUAAAGUAUGGAUAAUAUUAAAAAAUAUAUAUCGUGAUCGAUCUUUCGUAAGAACAUCCGAAAUCUUUUUUCAUAUUGUUCGAAAAGAAAAGAAAACAAACACAAAGAAUUGUUCCCAAGUCUUGUUCUACCGGAAUAACGAUAAAAAAAACGAAUUACUUUUGAAGAAAUCAGAAAGUAUGGAGAAAGAAAACCAGAAGUGAAAUUUCAUUAGGCCUACCUCCAGAAUGAGCUAAGAUAUUCUUCGUAGAAAAUAGUAAAACAAGACGAUAGGUAAUAAUCAAAGACCGAAAUCGCAAUCUCAAUUGAUGACCAUUUAAGAAAUGAAAGAAAAUAAUAAAAGAAAGAAGAGGAUUUAUAAUUACUAUUUUCUAUCGUGACUAUUUUGUGCUGCUAGGAAUAAUAAAACGGGCAGCUUGCCGACGUCUUUUUGCUUUCAAAGUGCAAUCAGUCUUAUAGAGAGUGUUUUUUCGUUUAUAAAUAUUUAUAUCGCAUAAUUUAUUUUGUAUGAAACUUUUGUACAAAUUGUUAUUUAUAUUUAUAUUGAUUUAUUUAAAUCAUUGCUGAUAAAGACACCUUUGGCAUGUCAUAACGAACACAACAACUACAAUUUUUAUUCAAGUCAUUGGGUGUGAUAAAUCUUCAAAUUAUAAAUUUAAUCAAGACAAGGAAAGCAAUAGUAAUGUAUUCUCUUUCACAUAAUUUUGUAUCAUUAACUGUCGUGGUACGGACAACAUGAGCCAAUAACUAGGAUUAAUUCUAAAGUCAAUCUACGUAAAGAUUUCAGGAAUUUUUAUUAUGUAUCAAGUAUGUGGUAUAUGGUAUUGUUAUGAAAAAUAUUAAAAUUGUUCUGUGCAAUAUACCUAGAUACCACUGAACUUUUUCAUUAAUUCUUGUAAAAGGAAUAAUUUUCGAUUAUUUAUGUAUACAAUGGUUUAUGUCUUAGACGAGUCAACAAUCUGUAAGCAAGAAUUGAAUGGAUACUUUCUGCAGGAAUGGCUGUUCUUUGAAAGAUGAAUUGUUGUCCGAUUCUAGUCGCAUAGUCAGGAUGAGAGCAUUUUUUAGCUGGAAUGGAAAUUAAAUUAACGAAUUCAAUUUUUAAAACUAUUAUUCACGCCGCUGAUCGACGCGCACUUUCAUAUUCGACAUUUUUUGAACGCUUUCCUUUUCCACGUUUUGUAUGAUACUUGAUUGGAUGCAACGUUUUGUUCUUUUUGUGAUUUAUUACAUUUCUUUUAAUUCUUUCCAAAUCGCACAAAUAUUGCCAAUGAAAAAUUCGACACUCUUACUUUGACUAAAGUAUGCACUAAUUAAUUAAUGCAGAGACUUUAAUUUAAAAAUAAGCGUUUAGUUUAUACGAAGCGGUAAUAAUUAUCCCAGUUUGUGUAUGUUCCUUUUCUAAUUGUUUGUUUAUUUGGUUGAGAAUAUCGAAGGGGAAAAACCAGUCCAACGAACAAUAUUUGAUUUAACAGUAAAUAUUGCCAAAGCGUUCUUACGUUCGAUUCGAAUUUGCUUAUUUAUUUAACAGAAUAAUAUUAAAACGAUGACGACGAUAAUACUCGUUGAAAGGUGCGUGUUUCAUUUGGUGGAUAAAAAGAAUUUAAUUACUCGCGUUAGGUAUUUAUAUACGUAAGUUACAUUGUAAACAUGAUUACGCGUGACGCAAGGUGAAUAAAGACAAAUACGCAAACUAAUUUGUAAAAGAUAUUUGCAAUAAUUAAGAAUUUUAAUCAACCAUAAAAAUGUAUGUUGUAAACAAAUAUAAAAAAAUGUAAAUUUUACAUGUAUGAAACAUUUUAUUAACCUACGCAAUGUUAUUUUCAUGUAUAGAAAAGAAACGAACAAAGUUUAGGUUAAUAUUAUAUAUUUAAAGAAUUUGUUACGUGAUUGUUGAAUAUUACAAAAUAUCGUUGAACAAAAUUAUUGCAAAUACUUGCGUUGAAGAAAUUUUCCUAGAUAUCGAUCAAGAAGAUGAUCACUGCUCUCUUGUGUCGAUGCUGUAAUCAUAAUCGAUUAAUUAUUAAUUAAGAUAUUAGUUAUUUGAGUGCUGCUUUUAUUCACCGAUAGCGCUGUGAUCGGGUUAAUUCUAAAGCUGAUUUUUCCAUAGAUUUUUCAUAGGGGAAUUAUAGAGAGAAGCAAAAUAACGAAAGCCUCAAAUAUUUAUACAGGUAAUAUUAAAAUUAAGCGUUACACUUACUACGUCGCAGGAAAACUUGUAACUGCUCUGUUAUCGCCGUUGAUUGGCGGUAAUCGCGUGUAACGUUACAGCGAAAUUUUUUUAAAGAGAAUCGAAAAGAAAUAGUUUUUUAGAUCAUCCAGAGCUAAAUACACAGAGAAGUGUAAAGAUAGAUUCGACGACCGAUUAAUUAAGUAAACAGACGAACUUCGGCUUUGAAACUUGAAACAAGAGUAAGAUGAUGCUUACGAUUGGAACAAGUGAAUGCAAGCGGAAUGAAAACAAAACUUUAAAAAAGGUUCGACGUCAACAACGAAGUACGAAAUACAGAGAAACAGAAAGAGAAUUCUGCCUGCUUUGAUAUCUGUUUAAACGAAUUCUAGAACCUUCAACUUCCCUCGUUGAGUUAUAAUUGAGGAAUAAGGGGGGAAAAACAAGGAAUGUCACAAAAUUAGUUCCAAAAUAGCAAAAUAGCUAAUAAUUUAAUUAGACGUCAUAAAAGAGAAUGAUUAGUAAACUAUUAAUUAUUUUUAUUUGCCUUUCGCUCUAGUAUCUACAGACAUUAUUCCCUGUUUUCAACAAAUAUAUAAAAUCUUUAACGUUAUCUUAUGGAGAGAUUUUGAACGUUGCAAGCAUUAUGAUUUGUUAGUACUGCAGUCCGAGUUCUCCUACACAAAGUAUGUUACAAAAUGUAAAAUCACGAGAGAUGAAUAUUCCUUGGUUUUCCUCUUCCUAUUCGAUGAGACCAAUGGAGGAUCAGUAAACCCAUAGGAAUAAUCUAGGGAGAAAAAUAUUUUUUGGUUCGAUUCGAGUUUCUUCUAAUGAUAUAAUUUAAUGCGCAAUAAGAAAUAAAAACUGAAGUAACUCUUGAAGAAAAGAGGACGAAAGAGAGAAAAAGUUGUAUGUGUGUAUGUGAGAAAGGAAUAAAACGAGCGUGAUACGAAAAAAAA